GGAGACUGUUGCUGCUGCGAGGAGGAUGCGACAGUGAGCAGCAUUGGAGACAGAAGGGGCCAUAACUCGACGGCACUUCAGUUUGUGUGUUUGUAAAGUUGACGUGAAUGGACGCCAGUUGGGGGAAUGGGAAAUAAGUCGUCAUCAUCGUCACAAGUACCCUCGUACCUACUGGGAUCAGGAUCAGGUUCAAAAAAUGUUCCAAAGCGCGGUUCACAUUACUACAUAGCACCUUUUAUCGCACAAUCAUACAAAGCACCUAUUUUUCACCAGUCAGUCAAUUCGCUGCAACACUUCAGUGGCACUGAUUCUGUGUAUAUGACCAGUCCGGCUGAUUCCGAAGGAUGGCGAACAAAUAACUGGAAAAUUGGAAAUUCUCGUUUAUCGCUUAACGAAGCGUUUUUUAUGGAUGGUCCACCUGGAGUACCAUCUACGGUGUUUCCAAUGCCAACAGUUAUACCCCUUCCGCCACUAACUCUAAAACAAUUCAAAAAGUGGCAAAAAAGACAGAAAAAAAUGUUAAAAAAAAUGGGCUCCAUUCCCGCGAAUCUUAUGCCACCCCGUGCACCAGUAACACCUAUGUUACAAUAUUCUCGUGCUUUUUCUGUCGACAAUUUGUCAAGACAAAUGGAUGUUCCAGUGGGACAGAAAUGUGUUUGGAAGAAGUGCAGGAAGGUUAUUAAAAAUCAAACAUACGGUAAUACUGCUCCUGAUUUACCUUCUGGUCCACUGAAGUCAUCUUUUAGCAGCAGCUGCUCAAAUGGUUUUGCUGUAUCAGAUUUACGAAUGACCCAUUCGGCUCCGUCCACAAAUACAUCUGAUCGAAGUCGUCUGACGUCAACUACCGAUCAUUCGUCGUCGUUACACUACCAAACACCAUCACCAAUACAGUUGAAGAAUUCGUCCAAUCAGCAUUUGCAGCGAAUACGAGCAUUUAGGAAUGAUGUUGGACCAUCGGGAACACCUAGACGGCUGCAGCAAUGGACUUUGGUUGCCAAAGGCGGACCAUCAUCUACUGAGCCGCAUGAGACCGCAGAUGAUAUUAAUGAAGAAACAAGCAGUGAAGUUAAAAAAUGUGGAAUUGGCCACAAAUCACCGGAUAUAAAUUAUGCAUCCAGAAAAACUGCAGCGAUCAGCGAAUGCAGUUAUCCCAAAGCAGCAACGUCUCACGAUUGCGAUGAGCGAAAUUAUAGAUAUCGAAAUGGCAUCGGUGGUUCUGCCAACAGAAGUAAUCAGUAUAGUGACUAUAACACAAAUAACGGUGGUCAUAUCAUUCCGGGAUGUAACAUACCCGUUAAAAUCACACCAGAACCCGAGGAAACCCCAAAAAAGAAUGAUCAGUUGUUCUCUAAAAAUGUCACCAAUUCAACCGACGACGACAAGGUAUUUUCAACUGUUGAGACAGCUUCAAAUCCAUUCCAACGAUGUAAUUCGACUUCCGGAACUACUAAGAAUCAUGCUACGCACCAAACGCAAUUGGGAUAUUCCCCGCUUAAAAAAAGCGCGGACUAUGGUUCCACGAUCAGUUCAUUAACCCAGAGUUCGAACAUGAAAACCGAAGUCAGCGAUAUUGACUUCAGUUGGGUGAACGAUGUCGAAAAUCGUCUUGACCGAGAAAUCACUUUCGUGAAAGAAGAUUCUCGGCCGCAGCUACAGCGAGAACAGCAACUGCCAGUGCAAUACUUCGGAAUGGAUUUGAACCAGUCCAGAGCUGGUAAAGAUGGGGCAGCGAUAAUUGUUUCACCGGCACACCCUACCACCACAAAAUCAUUUGAAGUAUUUGGCGAAUGCGAAUCUCGCAAAGAACUCAGCCAAAUACAUUCUGAUGUUCGUUCCAAAGCAGCAAUGUUUGAUACAGAAGCUUUUCGAAAUGAACGGAAAGUUGAUGAACAACAGGCCGCAUAUCGUUAUCGUUCACGAUCAACUCCUCGCGAUAAUGUGUAUAUACCUCAGCCUGAUUACCGAGGUUACGACCCUAUUUCUGUAGAUAUAUCACAAAAUUCGACCCGAUACGAUAGUAUUCCUUCAAGCAAUACCCCCGUUGCAUACGGUUCUAAGUAUGACAGACUCCCACAUCACAACAACGAAAGCAGUAAUAUGAAGCUGGAUGGGAGUGUUACAGAAUCAAGAGCAAAAUGUGGUAACUCUUACUAUUGUAAUAGUAAAAAAAUGACUAAUCGACAACAACAGCAGCAGCCAUAUUCCGGUAACGACAAUGAAAUGUUGCAACGUAAUCGAACAUAUGAUGCAACUGAAUGCUACAUCCAGAAUGCAGCUCAACGUAGUGCUGAAGAACCAUGGAGAAUAUCCGUUGCUUACUAAUCCAACUCUUCAAUUUUUGGUUUUCAUGAAAUUUUCCCUUUGAGUUAUGGCACAUUGCAUGAUACUUCUGUUUAAAAACAGCUGCAAAUAGCUUCACUUGAGUGAAAGUGCUUUGCAUAUUGAAGGCGUGUUUAUUCCCUUUCUUACCAUGAUUUGCUGAAGUUGUUUUCUUUUUUUUGUGUGUUCUACUAAAAAUAUCAGCUACUGCAGUUUUUAAAGAACAUGAG